AUGGACAUUUCCAGCUCGUUAACAUUGACACAAGUGUUCCAACAACCCAUUGUCCCCUUGUCGUUUUUGGCGAGCUUUUUAUCGUUGGGUGGUUUCUUUUAUGGAUGCAUCUAUACGGGCGUGGCCAAGACUGAAAAGCAGAUUAGCUGGUUAUUGACGUUUGCGAGCAGCCUUGUAUGCACCAUCAUCUCGACCCCAUGCUUUUAUCGAUUCUGGCGAUCUGGUUGGGAUAUUCGAUUGCUUGGUAUGGAAUCGACAUGGCACACAGCUAGCGUAUGCUUUUUCAUCACAUACUUGAUCCUUGAUCUUACGAUGGGCUCGCUCUAUUAUCGUCGUCGUAUCACGUUUCUUACCGGAUGGUUCCAUCACACCCUUUACAUCUUGAUUCUUUUAUGGUUUUUGCGUUUGCGCACAGCCUCUUUCUUUUGCACCGCUGCCAUUCUCGAGGUACCUACCCUUGUUCUUGCGCUCGGAUCACUGAAACAAUCGUGGCGUUGUGAUUUCUUAUUUGCAUCAUCUUUCUUUGUGCUGCGCUUGGUCAUGCAUGCAUGGAUGAUCCACGAGCUCAAACAACAUCAUCGUGUGCAAAGUCUCUGGAUGGUUGCUGUGGUGGUGUUCCCUUUGCACCUUUAUUGGUUCUAUGGAAUCAUCUCCCAUCAAAUCAGAAACAAUCCCAAGGCCAUACAACAAGUUUCCAACUUUAUUGAAUCCAAACACGCUUGGUUUGACAAGGUGUUUGCUGCAUGA